CCUCAAACCUUCCAGCUGUACCUACUGGCUCGUAUCAGCUCAAAAGUACCGAUCCGGAAGAAGACGCCCCGAAUUGUGUUGUUGGAGCCGGCCAAAACGCCUCGUGGUCUUGCCAUGCUGGAUUUUCAGCCUUGAAAUGACGGUACGACAAAGAAUCGAGACUGUGCCAGACGUUUCUCUAGCAUUACUCGAUGAGACAGACGCAGGAAACACUUACGGGCUGCAACCUCCGACGCUACCUAGCCUCUCGGAAGACUUGAUUCAACUUACUCUCGUAGAUGACCUCGAUGAUCCAAAUUUAGGUCCUGCACAUCACUUUCAGACCACGUAUGAUAAAGUCGUUAUCCUACGAGCCGACGAGUUUGUUUCUCAUAGAAGUGGCAAGAGGUCAUUCACACGAGGUGUGAGUAAGGGAAAACAAAUCGUGGCAGGAGACAUGCCGUGGUUCUGUCACUGGGAUGGUACGCUGAUUGAAGGAUACCUCUACGUUACAUCGAACAGCAGCCAACUCGCGACUCCAACAUCAUCCUCGUCAAUCGCGCUUCCGUCCCCGUCCAGUUUGGAAGAGGCAGUACCUAAUACGCCUUUUGCCACAAAGAUCGAAGAGCGCCGGUUGCCUGUGAAUACGGCCCCAGGUUAUUGUCAGCAGAUGCAGAUGUUGGACAGUGGGGAUAUCUUGCCUGCGGUAGACGAUGAUGGAAAUACGAUAGUCGUCAACUUGAAAGAGAAGGAUCCUACAAUGGAAAAUUUCCACCCUGGGUCGGCGAGGCGAAAGAAGUCACGGAAGAGCAAGAGAGCGGAUCCGGAGAAUAGCUGUCAUUGCCAGUGGACGUGGUAGACGUACAGUACCUGGUCAAGAGUUUGGAUACAACUGCUCACCAACGUAUGAGGUGUCCUG